UGCGGGGCCGGGGAAGAGGAGAGAUCAUGGCGGCUGCGCUGUUCGUGCUGCUGGGAUUCGCGCUGCUGGGCGCCCACGGAGUCUCCGGGGCUGCCGGCACAGUCUUCACUUCUGUAGAAAACACUGGCGCCAAGACACUCCUCACCUGCUUCUUGAAUGACAGCGCCACAGAGGUCACCGGGCACCGCUGGCUGAAAGGGGACGUGGUGCUGAAGGAGGACACGCUGCCCGACCAGAAAACGGACUUCGAGGUGGACUCGGACGACCGCUGGGGAGAGUACUCCUGCGUCUUCCUCCCCGAGCCCACACGCAGGGCCGACAUCCAGCUCCACAGUCCUCCCAGAGUGAAGGCUGUGAAGUCGUCAGAACACAUCAACGAGGGGGAGACGGCCGUGCUGGCCUGCAAGUCGGAGUCUGUGCCCCCCGUCACCGACUGGGUCUGGCACAAGAUCACUGACUCUGGGGACCAGCUUAUUGGGAACCAGAGCAGGUUCUUCGUGAGUUCCUCGCAGGGCCGGUCAGAGCUACACAUUGAGAACCUGAACAUGGAGGCCGACCCCGGCCAGUACAGGUGCAACGGCACCAGCUCCGAGGGCACCGACCAGGCCGUCAUCACGCUCCGCGUGCGCAGCCACCUGGCCGCCCUCUGGCCCUUCCUGGGCAUCGUGGCUGAGGUGCUGGUGCUGGUCACCAUCAUCUUCAUCUAUGAGAAGCGCCGGAAGCCUGAGGACGUCCUGGACGAUGACGACGCCGGCUCUGCACCCCUGAAGAGCAGUGGGCAGCACCAAAACGACAAAGGCAAGAACGUCCGCCAGAGGAACUCCUCCUAGCCAGGCCACAGGUCUGUGUUUGACUCAGCCUCAGGGACGACUCUGACCUCUUGGCCACAGAGGACUCACCUGCCCACACUGAGGGCGACCCCGUCACGGCCUCAAGUAACUCCCAAGCCCCCUCCUCGUCUGUGCAUCCGGGGGCAGCUCUGGAGGAGGUUUGCUGGGGAACUGGCGCCGUCGCCGGGACUCCAGAACCGCAGAAGCCCUCCCCAGCUCACCCCUGGAGGAUGGCUGGCUCUCCACAGCACCAGGGCUCACGUGGGAACCCC